UAAUAAUUGAAAUGGUUGAUUAUGACAACAUUCAUAUUGCUGGAAUGGCAAUGACUCUGAAGGCUAAGACCCAGGGUGUCAGAUUCUUGUUCAACACAUGGAAAUCUACAGAUACUUUGACUUAUGUCUGGAUCAUUUUGGGAACUAUUUUGCUCAGCCUGCUUUAUGAAACCUCUUCGUUUUAUCUAGCAAGGCUUGAAAAGCAGUACUAUCCCACAAAGCCUGAAAAGACUAAAUGUUGUAAGGAAAAGGGUAAAACUAAGCCAAAUGCUUUCCAAAAAUCUCUAAUGGUAGCUGUAAACCUUGUUAAGCAAAUCCUAGGAUAUACAUUGAUGCUCCUGAUCAUGACCUUCAAUUUUGGAGUUAUUUUGUCCCUGAUCUUGUCAAGAGUGAUUGCAAAUUUCGGAUUUGGUGUUCUUGGAGAUAUACUUAAAAUCAGAGCCAAGCAUGGGUAAUUCCGAUCUGAUAGGCAUAUUUUUGGCAUUGCUGUAAACUCCAAUUUU